AUGUCUGAAGAUUAUAAAAAAGCUUUUGAGGUUCUUCAAAAAAUUCAAAAUGAAGGUGAUAAUCUGACUAAAAGUAAAAUCAAAAAUAAAUUAGGAAGACGCUUACUUGGCAGUUAUGGAUGCAAGCAAAAUAUUAAUGAAGCACGAAAAUUGAUUGAAGAAGCAUCCAAUCUUGGUCAUACUCAUGCUAGAGUUUGGUUUAAUAAAUAUCGUUUAAUUAAUGAUUUUGGUGCAAACAUUUGA